CCAAAAAUCCUGAAUUCCAAGCCCAGCCGGCCAGCCCAUGACCCAUGUAAAGGAAAAAAAACUCAGCAGCAAACCUAACGGAGAGAGUGAAAGACGGAGGAAAAAUAAAAAGAAAGGAAACAGAGAGAAGAGAGGCGAGACAGAGAGAUAGAGACGCCGCUACAGCAGUACCCACGCCACGCCGAUGCCGACGCGAGACGGCGAGAGUCUACCCAGACCCAGUACGGCAGUACCCACGACGACGCCGCCAUCAUCACGCGAGACGGCGAGAGUCUCAGCUGUCGCCGCCGCCGCCGGUUGCUCGAGCCUUCAUAGGUCUUGAUCAAAUGGAUGAUACAAGGUUAGGUAUUUCUUUGCCAAAAAGAAAAGAAAUGUCAGAGAGAGCUCUUCCAAAUAUAGAAUGCAAAAGAGGAACAUAUUAGCCAAGGGGUGGAAAUUAACAUUCAAACAUCAUCCUUAGAAUAUCUUUUUGUUUGGGCUAUUCUCUUAAAUAGUAGACCUCUUCAAGAAGAAAAGAAGUGAAAAGUUUAUUUCUCUACCAAGAAUUAAAAAUAAAAGAAGAAGAAAGAAGAUAGUAGAAAGUGAAAUGUCUAUAUAUAUAUAUAUAUUUGGCGAUGAGGAUGGAGACAUUUUGGAGUUAGUGUACAGUGACUGCUAUGCUGUCCUUAAUACGAAACAUGUUGCUAGAUGUUUGGCUCAUGCCACAUUGCACUAUAAAUAAAGGAGCUCCAUUUGAAACAUUCACAUGCAGUAGGUAAUCAAAGUCGAGAGAGAGAGAGAAUAAAAGAGAGAUAAAACGAAUGAGAAGCCAAGAACAACAGCAGCAAGUAAUUGAUGUUGUACCAUCAUCAUCGUCAUGGGGUGGAGGGAGCAAUCGUAUAGCCGCCCUUAAUCUAGAGGGAACCCCACCCCCCAAAAUCACUGAUAGUCUUGAUCAUAAACAGUUUGAUCAUCAUGAUGAGGACUCUAAGAAACCUGGAUGGAGAAAGUUCUUAUCAUAUGUAGGCCCUGGAUUUCUUGUCUCCUUAGCUUAUCUUGACCCAGGCAAUUUGGAAACUGAUCUGCAGGCUGGAGCAAAUCACAGAUUUGAGCUACUGUGGGUGAUACUUAUUGGGUUGAUCUUUGCGCUCAUAAUUCAAUCGCUAGCUGCAAAUCUUGGUGUAAGCACUGGCAAACACCUUUCAGAAUUAUGUAAGGCUGAGUACCCAAAAUAUGUCAAGUAUUGCCUAUGGUUGCUAGCAGAGGUUGCAGUCAUAGCUGCUGACAUACCCGAAGUGAUUGGAACAGCCUUUGCGCUAAAUAUACUGUUCCACAUCCCAAUUUGGACUGGAGUUCUCAUCACUGGUUUAAGUACUCUCUUACUUCUUGGCCUACAGAAAUACGGGGUUAGGAAGCUGGAAUUGCUGAUAACAAUACUAGUCUUUGUAAUGGCUGGAUGUUUCUUUGGAGAGAUGGGCUAUGUAAAGCCUCCAGCGGUUGCUGUGCUAAAGGGAAUGUUUAUACCCAAGCUCAGUGGCCAAGGAGCCACCGGGGAUGCCAUAGCACUUUUGGGUGCCCUUGUCAUGCCGCACAAUCUCUUUCUCCACUCGGCUCUUGUGCUAUCCAGAAAAAUACCAAAUUCUGUCCAUGGCAUUAAUGAUGCAUGUCGAUAUUUCCUAAUAGAGAGCGGAUUUGCAUUGUUUGUUGCAUUCCUAAUCAAUGUUGCAAUUGUCUCUGUAUCGGGCACCGUUUGCUCAGCCAAUAAUAUCUCAAAUGAGAUUGCAAAUCAAUGCAAUGAUCUUAACCUCAACUCAGCCUCUUUCCUUCUCAAGAGUGUAUUGGGUCGGUCAAGCUCAACCAUUUAUGCCAUUGCAUUACUAGCCUCAGGGCAAAGCUCCACCAUCACAGGCACUUAUGCAGGGCAAUUCAUCAUGCAGGGUUUCUUGGAUCUUAAGAUGAAAAAAUGGAUUAGAAACCUGAUGACAAGGUGCAUUGCCAUUACACCUAGUCUUAUUGUUUCCAUUAUUGGAGGAUCUAAUGGUUCAGCCAGACUUAUCAUCAUUGCAUCAAUGAUACUUUCAUUUGAGCUUCCAUUUGCUCUAAUCCCCCUCCUUAAAUUCAGUAGCAGUGCCACAAAGAUGGGACCACACAAGAAUUCAAUAUAUGUUAUUGUGAUCUCGUGGAUCCUAGGCAUCGGAAUCAUUAGCAUCAACAUCUACUACCUGAGCACAGGCUUUGUGGAUUGGCUAAUUCACAACAAUUUACCAAAGGUUGCAAAUGUGUUCGUUGGGCUCCUAGUGUUUCCCUUAAUGCUUGUCUACAUCUUAGCAAUCAUCUAUCUUACCAUCCGAAAAGACACUGUUGUAACAUUUGUUGAGCCUGUAAAGCAUGACCACCUAGUAGCCCAAAACAACAUGGAACACGGGCUAGGCAAUUCUUGUGAGGUGGGCGAGUUGGAUCACAUUCCUUAUAGAGAGGAUUUGGCUGAUAUCCCACUACCAGAGUGAAGGUUUUUUUUUCUAGAUCAAAUGCAACAACAGCCAAGCCAAGGUAUAUCGUUAGUGGUAGGGAGCUCCAAGUUAAAUGUGACUUCAACUUUCUUUGAGUUCAUCUAAGGCUUUCAUCCUAUGGAAAUUGUAUGUAAUUUCGAACCAUCUAUUGUAGUUCCCAUUGUUUAAUUAUAAGUUUAUGUUGAACCUUUUGUUGGAAAAAUAGUAUUGAGUGAAUAAGAAAUUGAUGUUUAAUUU